AGAGAUUGCGUCACGACUUGCUGUCUGCGGCAAUCAUACGUCGUGAGUUCGUUUCCUGUCUCACGCAUCUAGACAUAACGAGACUUCGCGUACAGGAAGAAGCUCGUACAUUUGUCUUUCGUGAGAAAUUCGUCAACAACAAAGCAUCGGUCUGCACACACCCACGGACAAUCUCACCAACAGACAUUUCAUGCCCUUCCCCACCUUGCGAGGUGUGUGGCCUACCGUGGCAAAGGGAGGAGGCGGCUGUAAGGCGGGGGGAGAAGGGACAAGUAGUGUUUGGUUUGUAGCCCGAUGAAGUUGGUGGCAUGUCGUGCGGGAUGGUUGCUGUUCGAAUCCUCGCAAACACGCCGGCUGUAGCGCAAUGGGCGGCAAAAGAUCAUCCUCGGGAAAUCAACUCCAAGUUGUUCGCAGUGGAGUGUACCGACGGGCAACCCACACUGAGCGGACAUUUACAAGCGUGACAUUCAGCCUCAGUAGUUCCGUCCUCAGAGACAGACAAGUCGCAGGAUCCGGUUUGGCAGGAAGUGCGCAGAACGUCGAGAUCCUGGUCGCGCACGUGACGUCAGGACGCCGACUUUGCAUCCUAGUUGCCAUGGCUACUAAUGUUUAUCUCGAGGCUGUGUACGCCCCGGGCGAGAUUUCCAACACUUCCCGCUGCCGCACUCAUCGUUGAGUAUUCCGAAGAUGACCUUAAAAAGAGAAACGCCGGCACCCGCACAUCACACCGUGAACACCACGAAGAAAAAGAAAAAUCUUGUGUCAUUGCUGACACUCGAAAGGGUCAAGCGCCGCUGGCAAAAGGCUGUACAGGUCGUCAUCACAGUUCAAAGGGUGGCCGGGAUUGCAGAGGCGUUGAGACAUCCGGACCAUGCCAAAACAUUCAUCGACAUCACGGAAGAGGAGUACUCCCGGUACAGACAAACUGUCAUGGGCACCGCAUUCUCUAGUGGUUUGACCCUGAAAGAGACGAUGCUCAGCCAUCACGUGUGCAGGAUCCUCAGCACACCUCCUGUCCACCGUUCUGACGAGGACAUCAGGAAGGUGGUGAACGGUUUACGUUUCAUCCGGGAAUUCACUGCCUAUCCUCCACACGUGCAGACACAGCUGGCCAGAAUUGGCUGGUACUGCAAAGUGCAGCCAAACAGGAUUAUUAUUCGCCAAGGACAACCACCCGAUGCUUGCUACUUCAUCCUUGGAGGGCAAGGAGCUGGCUCUGCUGUACAACAGUCGGCGGGCACGCACUGUGGCGUCGAGAACAACGGUCCACAUGUUGUGGGUACUUGGCGAGGACUUCCUCGACAUCUUCCGGGGCCCCAGGACAGUUCACAACACCAUCCCAGACCAUAUCAAGUAUCUGGGGAAGUUGACCUGAUGAAAGGUUGGCCCAUGUCUGAACUUUACGACAAUCCUAGCUACUGUCGGACACUUUACUUCCGUAAACGACCGUCCAGUGUUCAAAUCCUCUCAUCUCCAGGAACGAUACGGUUAUCGUAAGAGACAGCAACAGACUCCCAGUGGCUCUACAUCGUUGCGGUCGG